AUGUUUGUACUUAUUCUGAUUCCAUAUGCAAUUUGUACAUAAUCGAAUUUUAUAAACAUUGGAAAAACUUACGAUGGGUAAUAACCCAAUAUAUACAUUUAGAUAAAUCAAUUCUAAUAGUGAAGAUUCUAUUGGUCACAGCUAUUAUUUUGAAAUUUCUGAACUCAUCAACAAUGCUGAUAUUAUUAUUAUUGUAAGUUAAAAAACUCCUUAAGGUGAUCCAAAUAUAUUUUUAUCUCUUUUAAAUCCUGAACCAUAUUCAAUAGAUGAGAGUGAACUUGGAUAUUGCUAAUCAUAUGGAAGUGGUAUAUAUUUAAGUUUGAAUUUGAGAUUUAUGUGUCAUAGAUAAAAAACUGUUACAAAUUGAUAAACCUUAUUAUAUUGGUAUAACAUGUUCAGAAGAUUGCAGAUAUACGUUAAAAGUGAAUUAUGAUUUAGAAUAAAAAAUGUUUAUGAGUAAUUACUAUUAUUUUAAAUAUACAUAGAUGAUUUAUUGAGAUUUAAAAUGAAUGAAGGAGUUUCUAGUCAGGUAGUAAAAAUUCAAAUAGAUCAUAAUCUAGAUAUUCAAGAAUUAGAAAUUACAGGAAGAAUAAUUAAUUAUAAUGAAAUUUAAACUGCUUUCCAUAUGUAUCUAAAUUUAGGAGAGACUCUUCCAAGUUCUUAAUCAUAAGAUUAUAUUGGUAAAGAUUUUGAAAAUGGUCAUAAGUAUUUAAUCUUACCAUAGAUUAAAUUAAUAAACACUAAUAUUUUGACUAUGAUAGUUGAAUCUCAAGUUGGUUCAUUAAUUGAAUUAAAAACUCAAACUUAUGGAAAAAUAAGAAAAUGCAUAUUAUAAUCUAUAAUAUAAGGAGAAGUUAUGUAAAAUUAAUCUCAUCAUUAUCAAGUAGAAAUACAAGAUUAAAUGGAUUCUAAAAAUCAUUUGGUAUUUAUAAAUGUAUAAUGAGUUUUUUAGUAAAUUAAAUUGAACCCCUAUUCUGGUUAGAUUACUAUUUAUAUUAAUUUUCAAUAAAAACUUCCUAAUAGAUUAGAAGAUUAUUAAUAUUAAUACAAAAUUAACUAAAGUUCUAUUAUUAUGUUUUCUGAUUUAGACUUAAAUAAGUAUAAUUAAAUUUAAACUAUUGAUAUUAUUAUUUAUGGAAAUGAAUUAUCAAAUUAUGAAUUUAACCUUCAACCUUUACAAUAUAUUCCAAAUAUUCAAUAAAAUUUUAAUUAUUAAGGGAGGAUUUAUAAAGAUCAAAUACUUUAAUUUGAAUUACAUGUAAGAUCUGAUACUUUGAGGGGUAAACUUAAUCUAGAAAUUGAAUCUGAAAACAAUAAUGUAGUCAUUAUUCUACGUAGAAGUAAUCAUACAAAUGAAUAAAUCUCAAAAAACGACAUUAUAAAUAUGGAUAAACUUUAAUCUGAUAUUCCAACUAAUUUAUUUAUCUUCACAAAAAAUAAUUAAUAAAAUCUAUCCUUUGAACUUGAUUUUCCUAUUAUAGCUCAUAAUGUAGAUAUUGGAAUGUAUUCAGUAGGGCUUUUUUUAAACUAAACUGAAAAAUAAUAUAGCUCUUAUUCUUUUAUUAUUAGAGGUGAUCAAUAGUUUAAAAUUCUCUUAGAUAACACUCCUUAUAAAAGUACAAUAAAAAAAGAGUCUUAUUCGUAUUUUUAGUAUAUAUUGAUUCCAAAAGAAAAUCUUUAGUAAAUACAAAUAAUGUUAACAUCUAUUUAAGGUUUACCUAUAUUAUAUUCAUCAACAAUAGAGUUUCCAAAAAUUACUAAUUAUGAAUAAAUAGGGGAAAAUAAUAUUAUUACUUAUGAUUUUAAAGAAGCCAUAAAUAAGAAACAAAUAUUUUUUAUUUCAGUCUAUUGUAAGACAGCAAGUUAUUUUACUAUUACAGUUAUUAUAAAAACUACUAAUGAUUAAGAUAAUAUAGGUAUUUAUCCAUGGGAAUAUACUCAAAUAUUUUAAGGAGAUUCUUAAUUUCAUGUACUAAAUUCUAAUGAUAAUUAAUCUGUGGGUUUAUUUAAGAUAGAUCUGGUAGAAUAAUUGGAUAAUCGUAUGAAUUAACAUAAUAAAAAAAAAAAAAUGUUUAGUAUUCACAUUUUAUCACCUUUAGGAGGGGUUAUGAUGUAUGGAUUUGUUAGUCCUUCAUCAAAAAAAGAAGGUUUUAUUUGGUAAGAUCCAAAUGAAAUAUAAGUAUAUUUUAAAUAAUUAAAUGGUGAAUAAAGUAUAUUUUUAAGGGUUGAAUUAUAAGAGCAUUAUAACUAUUCCUCCUAUAAAAUAGGUCUACAAUUCUCAAAUUGGUAUAACUAAAAUUUAUAAGAAAUAAUGGAAAAUGAACAUUACUUUGGUUAUAAUGAAGCAAAAGGAUAAUUGAUGUUAUCAUUUAGAUAUUAGUAAUUGCAAGAUUAUACAAUUACAAAACAUUCAGAUGAAUAAGCUGUAAGAAUAUCAGUCCUUUUAAAAAAUGAUACGUUAUCGUCUAGUGAAUCUACAUUAUUAAUUCCUAGAGAGAAAAUAGAAAAUUAAAAUUGCUUAGAUAAAAAUAAAAAAUAAAAUUUUUGCUUUUUAUUAAUUCAAAUAUCAAGUAUCUAAGCAAGUUUUUUUACAUUAAUUAUAUCUCAUGAAAAUAAUUAGAUCUCACUUCAUAUGGAUUAAAUUAUUCAUUAAAAACUUCCAAAAGAAAGUGAUCAUUAUUAUUCAUUUGUUGAUGAUAGAGAUUCCAAUAUUAUUGUAAGAAAUCUUAAUGAAAAUGUUUAAUUAUAACUUUUAGUUACACUUUUCUCCCCUUAAUCUUAUGAAAUUAAUAAUUUUGAUUAUCCUUAUCCUUAAAAUGAAUCUUCAUUAAAUUUAUUCAAAAUUUCUAAAAACUUUAAAAAAUUUAGUACUAGCUCUAUCUCAAUUUAUCAAGAAGAAAUUAGAAAAGAAACAGUUUGUUCUCAUAAGUGUAUGAUAGGAAUAACAAUUAGGAAAAUUCCAAAUUUCAAUUAUACAAUUAAUGAAAAUAGCAUAUAUUCAAUAAUUUAUUCAUCAGGUAGUAGAUAAUUAUCUUUAAAAAGUUAUCUUCCUGGUAAAAUAACCAAAGGAUAUAUAGCUUUUUACAGUAUAAUAUAAAAAAAAGAAAAUGUAAAAUUAAUUAUAUUAUUGGAAGAAAGCAAUCAAUGCGAUGCUACUUUAAUUAUUUCAAAAGAUGAAUUUCCUAGUUAAGAGAAGUAUGAUUGGAUUUAUCAUCAUUUAGAUUAAAAAAAUAUAUCAAUUACAAAAUAAAAUAAUAUGUAUGAAAGCAUGAUAGGAGUUUAUUAUGUAGGUGUAUUGGGAAAAGAAGAGUGUCACUAUUAUAUAACUUAUUAUUUGUCAGAUUCUAUUGAAAAACAAGAAGAAAAUUAAACUGAAGAUGAUAAUUUUACAAUUCCAUAUCUUUUGAAUUAAAACUAAUUAAAAAGAGUUACUUAAAUUGAUUCAAUAAUUUGGUAAUUUAAUUGUAAACAUUUAGGAAGAUUAAUCAUACAAUUAUAAUAUCUUUCCUAAAAUAUCAUUAUAAAAGGUAGUUAUAAUAAUUACACAUUUAAUUAAGACUCUACUUAAAUUGUAACAAUUUUUAAGAACGACUUUUAAAUAAUUGGAUAUUUUCCAAUCGAAAAAAUAGGUUAUUACUAUUUUUAAACUUCUUUAAUAAAUAAUGCUAAGGAUUCUAAUUCAUUAUAACAAAUGUAAAUAAGAGCAACCUUGAUUAACGAAGAUUCAAAUUUACCAAUAUAUACAAGUUAUAUUAACAAUUAAAUUCAAGAAGUCAUUAUUGGCACAGAAACUAUAAUUAAAACAAAUCCAUUAAAAAUUGAUUUUUUGAAUUCAUCAUUUUAAGUAGAACAAGUAAAAUAUAUUCUCUUAUCUGAUAAUUUAAAUGUAAAUCAUAAUUAAGUCUAUUUUUAAUAAAUAAGCGAUACUAGAGCUAACCUAAUUUCUUCAAAAAGAUAACUUGAUUAAAAUAUAUCCUUAAGUUGCUCCAAUUUUUGUGAGAGUAAUACUGUAUAUUCAGUUCAUGCAAUAGGUAAUUAAGUUAAUUAAAUUUAGUGACUGUAACUUUAUUUAAUAUGGAGAAAAUUGAUUUGGAUUAUUUUUAUGAUAAAAUUGUUGUUGAAAUCAAGGAAAGAACAGAUCUAUAUUAUUAUUUAAUUACACUUAUAUUUUUAACAGUUAUAGGGAUUAUUACAUUUAUAAUAAUGGCGAAGAAAUGGAAAGAAAGGAAGAAGUUUUCACUUGUUAGAAAUGUAUAAUAGAACUCAAUAGAAAUGAUAUUUAAAAAUGUUGAUUAAUGA